UCCCGAGAGGCGGUGGCUGCUCCUGACCGGAGCGGCGGAGGCGGCGAAGCUUCGGCUGCCUAAGUUCUGCCCUCGGACCUACGUGCAGCGGAAAUGACCCCCCACAGGCCCCAAGGCCGCAGGCCGUGGAGCUGCGGGGACUCUGAGCCGAGACCCGCGGCCCGCGGCUGUAAACGCGAGGCCGGGGCUGGAGAGAGGCCUGAGGGCCCGAGUGAGGCCUGCGGGCCCGAGUGAGGGGCUUCCCCGCGGCGCGCGCUUAGAGCCCCGCCCCCUUUGUAUUACAGAGGGGGAAACCGAGGCACGGGGAGGGGAAGAUCAUGGACUCAGCGCUUUGCCCCGUUAUAUUACAGAGGGGGAAACUGAGGCACAAAGCGGGGAAGAUCAUGGACUCGGAGCUUUGCCCCGUUAUAUUACAGAGGGGGAAACUGAGGCACAAAGCGGGGAAGAUCCUGGACUCGGAGCUUUGCCCCGUUAUAUUACAGAUGGGGAAACUGAGGCACAAAGCGGGGAAGAUCAUGGACUCAGCGCUUUGCCCCUUUAUAUUACAGAGGGGGAAACUGAGGCACGCGGAGGGGAAGAUCCUGGACUCGGAGCUUUGCCCCGUUAUAUUACAGAUGGGGAAACUGAGGCACAAAGCGGGGAAGAUCAUGGACUUGGAGCUUUGCCCCGUUAUAUUACAGAUGGGGAAACUGAGGCACGUGGAGGGAAAGGCUUGGAGCUGGAAAAGAGGCCUCAGAGUCCUGCCCUGUCAUAAAUGGAGAAAUGGAGGCACAGGAGUUAGUCUAGACUGAGGAGUCCUAGAGACCAAUGAGUCUCAGAUAAGGAAUCUGAAGCGCAGAGAUGAAUGGUUUUAAAGAUCUUGGAAUCAAGUUGCAGGGAGCCUCAAAAGCUAUGGAUGUCCCCCUCUUCCUUCUCCCCCUUCCCCCCCUUUCAUUACAGAUGAGGACACUGGGGGCCCUAGGAAUGGAACCUGUCUAGUCCAGCCCCUGCACACACGUUUUCCAUGGCUAUGUAGGUACUAAAUGGGAGAAUUCACACCCAGGUCCUCCUAUUCCUCUUUGUGCUACACAGUGCUGAUUAACCUGGCACUAGGAUAAUGAAUGUGCAUGAAAUCCACAAUUAAUUCCCAGGGAGGUCCAUUGGUUGAAAGUGAUGGCUGCUCAACAAUGAUCCAGACCUAGGAGAAACCUUACAGAUCCAUGAACACAACCCCUUUGUUUUACAAACUAAGGUCCAUAAAGGGGAAGUCAUUUGCCUAGGAUCCCACUGAUAGCGAAUGAUGGAGCAAGGAUUUGAAUGCAGGUCCUCAUGUCCAAUCUAGCAUCCUUUAAAAAAAAAAUUAUUUAUACUAGGUAACCACCGUUUGGUAUGUCAGUCUUUUGGAAUGAUUUAUGAAAGCAUUGCCUCCAUUUACAUAAAGGUGUAAGGCUUUAAAGGUGUAAGAGCGGUGUUUAUCCCAGAGAGAUGAUAAGAGUUAUCUUAGCUCUGUCACCUACUACCUGUGCGAUUCUGGGAUAAAAUGACUACCAAAUCAUUUUAUGUUUUUGCAUUUCAGAAAUCAGGAAGUUGAAGGAGAUGGGCUUUUGAGAUCACUUCCAGCUGAAAAUCUACAAUUCUCUGAAGACAGGAUAGUUGUAUUCAAGUACUUGAAGAUCUGCCACAUUGGCGCUUUGUUUUUAUGCCCAGAGAACAGAAGGUGCAAGGGAAAAUAAACUAAAGUUCCACCCCUACUUUUAAGAAAUUUAAAGUCUGAAGAUGGAAUGUGGUCAUCCUUUGAAAUUUGAAGGAGACUUCAAGACACUGUCAUUUGAUCUACUAAUGUACCCUGAGGAUCACUGGGACAUUUCUGGACAUACUACAGCUGAAUUUUUGAAUGCCUUGCCUCUUAAAAGGUGUGAACUUCUUGAACACAGAGACAGUCUCUGUCUCCCCAGCACAUAAUAUAAUACUUGGGUUUAUAAUAAGCACUUAAUAAAUGCUUUUUUUUUCAUUCAUUUAUUCAAUUUAGAUGUCAUUUACCAUGCAUGUAAGAUUAAAUCUGAAACAAAGAUUGCAGUUUAUUAAUGUGUGUUUCCUUUGUGAAUAUAAGCUGUUUGUUUUUGAAGCUAACUCUGUAAGUAGCAGUUUAAUUCUUAUCCAUAAUUCAUGAUAGUCUAUCCUUUACACAACCCCUAGAGCUCCUAAGUGCUUAGGAUAAUCUCAUCCUGCUACACAACUAUUAUCUGUGGUUCUCUGUUCCCUUUACUAUUAAACUCUUCUGUUUGACCUUCAAAGUCCUUUACAACUUGUCCCAUUCCUAUCUUUAAUGUUCUUACACAUUACUCUCCAAAACACACAGUUCAGUUAUACUAAUUUUCUUCUUCAUCAUUUCCAAUGAUCCAUCGCUCUCACUUCUUCCUCCCUAUCUCUGCCUUCUAGAAUAUCUAGCUUCCUUCAAGACAAAGCUCAAAGGUCGCCUUUUGCAAGAGGCCCUUCCUGUUUCCCCCAUUAGUGCCUUUUAUAUUAUCUUUGUAUAGAUCUUGUAUAUUUUGUACGUUCUCUCUGGAAAGAGACUAUUUCUCAUGGCCUUUGUAUUCCUAGCACUUAACACAGUGCCUGAUAUAUAUAGUAAUCUCUUUAUAAAUAUUUGUUGACUCAUUGGUUGUUGGGUUUGGAUGAUUGAUACUGAAGAUUUAUUCUUUCUUUCAAUAUAUUUUUAAUUUAUUACCUGAAACGUGCUGAUCUGAACCAAAAUUUGAUGAGGCCAAACUAUCAUCUCAAAGGAAGACGUUAUAUUUGUGAGACACCAGAAGGUGGUGCCCUUGAUUUGUUAAAUUCUCAAUCAGAAAUUGAGGCCAAAGGAUUUCAGUCAAGAUCACACAUUGCCACCUCGCCUUAGUCACUGAAUGGGUGUUGCCUCAGGGACAAACAACAACACAGGUUUUCACCUGAGAGUAUACAUCAUGUUUAGGUCUCGACAGAUAUUAAAGACCUUCAGCUGUCUUUCUUGGGAUUCCAGCAGAUCUCUUUGUUCCUUGUAAUAGCCAGCGUCUAUCCAGCGGCUCAGAUCUACAAGAGCCAUGACCAAAUAAGUCAUCAAAGGAUGCUCUGUCUCAAUCAGCCAUCUUCAAAAUGGGUUACCACCACGAGUAAGGCAUAUGAUGCCAUGGAAGAAGAUGCACCUUGUAAAGGUUUACAACUUUGUUAAUGAAGCCAUGAGCUGGUUGGAACAAGACAUGCUGGGUCAGGCAUUCCAAGAUGCUUUUGAGGUAAUGCAGCAACAUUCAGCUGGGGACCAUCAGUAUUCCCCAGAAUACAAAAAUUACUUGACUUUCGUCAAUCAUUAUCCUCAUCUCAGAGGAAAUUCCAGCUGUUAUGGAGUACUCCCCACAGAAGAAACUGUGUAUAACUGGAGGACUGUGAUUAAUAGUACUACUGACUUCUAUUUUGAAGGAAGCAUCCAUCAUGCUCUGCAGAAUAUGACUGAAAACCAGGGGAUGCAGACUACUCCUGUCCAACAAAGAGGAGGAAAAGGGAGAAAGAAGCUUCGACUGUUUGAAUACCUUCAUGAGUCUUUGUGCGAUCCUGAGAUGGCAUCCUGCAUCCAAUGGGUAGAUAAAUCAAAGGGGGUCUUUCAGUUUGUUUCCAAAAACAAAGAGAAACUCGCAGAACUUUGGGGAAGAAGGAAAGGCAAUCGCAAAACCAUGACUUACCAGAAAAUGGCCAGAGCCUUGAGGAACUAUGGAAGGACUGGGGAAAUUGUGAAAAUCCGCAGAAAGCUAACCUAUCAAUUCAGUGAGGUCAUCCUUCAGAGACUCUCUCCACCUUUGUUCAUGGGAAAAGAAAUAAUCUAUUCACAAUAUAUUCAAUCUGACCAAGAUCAACUAAAUUUAAAUAAUUGGAAUACCAAUUAUAAUUAUAUGUGUAGCAAUGACCAUGAUCUAGGCUACUUGGACUGCUAGGAGACAUGUCUACUUUCCUUCUCUCCUUGUUACUGGGUUUUGUAGGCAUCGGAAAUUCCUAUAAGAUAAGGGUUUUCCUCUCAAAUCAAGGCAAAAUUUAUAUAGUUUCACUAUUGUUAUAGGUUGCAAUUAAAUGGUGUAUGCAACUCAUAAGUUGAAUGGAAUUCUGUAAAUGAACACAUUUUCUAUGAUAAACUGAACUGAAUGUAUCAGAAUUAAAUUUCUUCAAGAUUACUGCUUUAAAAUGCCAUUUUCUCUUCAAUAUAUACAUUCAAAAGUACAAAAGUUUAUUUUAUUUUUGACAUAAGUGUCAUAAUCUUACCUUAGUAAUAAUAAUGUAAUAUAUGGGGUGUUUUAUGGUUUAAUAAACAUCAUAUAUUUAAUAACAACACAAA